AUGAGUGAUUAAUUAAAUGGCACUCUUACUCUAAAAACUCAACCUAAGUACAAAAAGUCCAAGAAAAAAAUGACAUUUAAGCAGAAAUGUCUGUAACUUUGCAAAAAGGAAGAGGAAUUAGAUAUAAAUAAUCUUGAUAUAAAACAAAUGCCACUUAGGUAGGUCUUAUUUGACACCGCUAAGCUACCUGUCUAUCCAGAAGAAAAUCAAAUUUAUAUCACGAAUAAAAUCAGUACAACUAAAUACAAUUACUGUAUUGUGCUCGAUACCAGGUUUUUCACCAUUACCCUCAUAUUCAGCCAUAAGUCCCUUAGCUUUUGUGCUUGCAAUGAGUAUGAUGAGAGAGGCUUACGAGGAUUAUAACACAAAAGUAGCAUUAAGGACUAUUUCAAAGAGAGACUCUGGUCAGAUCUUAAAUGUGGUGAUCUUAUACUAAUCAAAGAUGGCGAGUUAUUUCCUGCUGAUGCUGUCAUUUUAAUGUCAUAAGCUGAAAAUGGGGAGUGCUUUGUACAAACUUCAACACUAGAUGGUGAAAGAGCACUCAAACAUAAACAGUGUUUGGUACCAAUCAAAAAAGCUAUAGAAAAGGAUGGGCUUCUAAACUUCAAAGCAAAUUUCCAUUGUGAGGCUCCAACAAAGAAUCUAUACGAAUUUAACGCUUUUAUGGAGAGUGAAUAACUACCAGAGUAUGGAACUAUUCAACUAAGUUAAGGGUCAAAGAAGAGAACAAUCACAUUAGAUAAUAAAUAGCUAGCUUUAAGAGGAUCUAACCUUGCCAAUACUUAGUGGGUUAUCGCUGCAGUUAUUUAUACUGGCAAAGAAUCAAAGUUAAUGCUAAACUAAGGACUCUCAAGAUACAAGUAAUCAAAAAUUGAAAAAGUAGUAAAUGUAAUUUGUAUCUACCUUAUAGUUAUCCAAACAAUCCUCUGUGUUAUAAUGAGUGUAUAUUGUGGCUUUUAUACUUAGAAUUAUUCUGACUUGGACAAUGAUAGCUUAAAAAGAAAAGCUGAAUACUUAUUUUAUACUGAACUUUCUGCGUAAACAAGAGCUAAUUCUACAUCAAGCGAUGAUGAUUUAAUCUAUAACCCAACAAUUGUUGGAAUUAAAACAUAUGGUGCUUACUAUAUUCUUCUAAACACACUAAUUCCUAUAAGUUUAGUUGUUUCAAUCGAAUUUGUUAAGCUGAUUUAAACACCAUUCUUCAGUAAUGAUAUUGAAAUGUAUGAUGAAGUUUCAAUGAAGUAGGCCUAACCUAUGACAAUGACUUUGCAUGAGGAAUUAGCGUCUGUCAAAUACAUAUUUGCUGAUAAAACUGGUACUUUAACAUCCAAUAUCAUGCAAUUCAAGGCUUGCUCUAUAGGAUCAGUGUGUUAUGAUGAAGAUUACAAUGACGAUGACUACGAAUACAUGAUUGAAACUCAAAGAAAUGAUUAAUAAGAUUAGAGUAGCAUUAAAGAUCAUUUGGAAGAAGUUAUUUAAGAAGAAUAAAAAUAUUAUGACAGUUUAUGCCUAUCUGGGAUUGAGGGAGAUGGUGAAGUUAAAGCAUAGGAAUUUGAAAAGUAUAAAGAGUCAGUAGGAUACCCAUUUAAUAAUUAAGAAGGAGAGGCAUAACUGAAUAGAAAGGACUCUUUGACAAAAAUAUUAUGGAAUUUUAAAGAGUCAACAAAAAUCAUUAAGAACCUACUUGAAACCUAAAAAAACUUUAUGAACGAGGAGAUCAACCUUGGAAAAAGUUAACCUGAUAAAAAGCCUCUUAUCAUUCAAAAAUAAAAUGAAUACUUACAUUAUUUCUGGUUGAAUGUUGUACUCUGCCAUGAUGUGAUCACUACUAAAAAGCCAAACGAAGAGCAUUUAACAUACUAAGGAACUUCUCCGGAUGAGAUAACUUUGCUUGAUGCUGCCAAAGAGGUCGGUUACAUUUUUCUAGACAGAAAUUCUUAACAAAUGAAGAUAUCUAUAUUUGGAGUAGAAAAGACUUAUCAACUACUUUAAAAACUCGAGUUUACUAGUGAUAGAAAGAAGAUGACUGUAAUAGUUAAAGAUGAAGAUAGUGGAUUAGUAAUUUUAUUUUCUAAAGGAGCUGAUUUAGCCAUUUUUGAUAAAUUAUCAGUUAAAAUAGAGCAACCUUUUAUGGAUGCUACAAAGGAAGAUCUAAUAAAGUUUUCGACAAAAGGGUUUAGAACUUUAUGCUUUGCCAUGAGAAUAAUUGAUGAGACUUAUUUUAAUUCAUGGUAAGAAGCUUAUGAAAAUUCUAAGUUAGAUAUGAUCAAAUUAGGCAUCGGUAAAUUUAAAAUUGAAAUGCACAAAGAAAAUAUUUCUGAUAAAAUGCUAAACGAAAUAGAAAGUGAAUUAUUUUUACUUGGAGCAACGGCUUUAGAAGAUAAACUCUAGGAAGGAGUUCCUGAGGCUAUCGAAGAUUUUCACAAUGCUGGAAUUAAAGUUUGGAUGCUUACAGGGGAUAAAUUAGAGACUGCUGAGAAUAUUGGGUUUUCUUCUAAAAUGUUUAAUGAGAAAAUGUACAUUUUUAAACUUUAAACUAAAACAAAACAUGAAACUAGAAAUAGACUCAACUAAAUUGAUUCCAAGAUUUUAGAAAUUGAAAAAACUCACAAGACUCCAAUUAUAGGGACCUAGUUCCUAUUAAAUCCAAAUGCUGGAUUAGAUUUACCUAGAAAUGCAAAGGAAGUAGCAUUAUAAUACUAAUAUCAUGAUUAAGCUGAAGCAAGAAAUAUUAUAUAAGCAUUAGAAGACUUCAAGCAUGAAAGUAAAGCAUCUGAGUAUACUCUAAAUGAUUCUUGGGCUAGAAAACCAGCUCUAAGGCGUAAGGUUAGAAAGAGACUAGAAGAAAUAGUGCCUGAUAAAAAUGCAGUAGUGAACAGACUUCUCAGAGAAAACUAAUUAUUUUACAAAGCUGAAGGUGACAUUAGUAAAUACAUUCCUAAAUCAUUUGACAUGGUGUCAAAUCAAUAUAUAAUAAGAAUGAGUAACGUCUAUAGAUCUUAGUCUUCAAACCACAAGAAAUCAGAAAUUACCGAUAAUGAAGAUACUUUUGGAAUACUUAUAGAGGGUUAGACUCUCUAAUUUUUAAUAGAUUCUAACAGUAUGAAGAAAAAAUUUUUAAAGAUCUUAGGAAAAUGCCAAGCCGUUAUUGUUUGUAGAGCCUCUCCCAGUUAAAAGGGGCUAGUAGUAUCUAUGAUAAAACAUAAUGAGCCUGACAUUGUAACUCUUGCAAUUGGAGAUGGUGCUAAUGAUGUCAAUAUGAUUCAAAAAGCUCAUAUUGGAAUAGGAAUAUUCGGUAAGGAGGGUUAUUAAGCAGCAGCGAAUUCAGACUAUGCAAUAGGAUAAUUUAGAUUCCUAAGGAGAUUAAUGUUUGUGCAUGGAAGAUGGAGUGGCAUUAGACUUAGCGUGUUUAUGCUAUUCUUUUUCAACAAAAAUAUCGUCUUCACUUUGCCAUAGUUUUGGUUUGGCUGGUAUAAUGGUUUCUCAGGCUAGACUUUCUAUGAUGAUGCUUAUCUGACUUCAUUUAAUACAUUUGUAACCGCUCUAGCUAUAUGCACUUUAGCUAUAUGGGACCAAGAUAUCAAUAUAAGAGAUGAGAAGUUUAGCAAAUUGAUUGAAUUAUUCUUUCCUUACCUAUACAAGGAAGCUUAAGAGAAUGAUCUUUUCUCAAAGAAGAAAUUCUUAGUUUGGGCAGUUAUAAGCGCAUCUCAAUCUAUUUUGGUAUUUGGAGUACCUGUUUUAACUUAUCAGAACCUAAUCUUAAGCAGUGGGAAAAUGGAAGACCUCUGGACAAUAAGUAUUUGCUCAUAUUAUGGACUUGUCUUCAUUCAUUACUUUUUGGUUUUUACAUUUACAAAGAACUGGACUCCUUGGAUAGUCUUCUUUUACAUUUUGUCUUACUUAUUCUUUACACCAUUCCUUACAGUUACUUAUAAUUCUUUCCCAAAUACAUUUCUAGAGGGCAGACUAGGAGAGAUGGUUUAUAAUAACGUAUACUUCUGGCUCAUUAUCCUUGUUAUCACAGUCGCAUGUGUGAUACCUAUAUACUUCUACUUUAAUGUUUAAGCCCUUCUAUUCCCAAAAUUAAAAGACUUGAUCCUAUAAAAUAGAUUAGAUCAAGAUUAAAUUAUGCGAGAACUAGACCCUGAAAGAGCUAGAUAAACUCAUGAGCUCUUUAAACAGAGAUAGCAUGCUUUGAUUAGCUAGUGGAAUAAUGAUUACAAUAAAUUUGAGCUGCCCAAUAAGUCAAUUGACCAUAGCAGAAUUCAUGAUAAUAAUACACCGAUCAAAGUUUCGAUGCUAGAUUUAUCUCAUGAGGAGUAGAAAUAAAGCAUAUCUAUAACCAGAAAUUAUAUAAGUGAGACUCCAGAGAGAGCUAGCAAGCUUAGAAAAGGUGUAUCUAGUUCUAAGUUAUUGCCAAAUUUAAAAGAUCAUCAAACGAUAAAGGAAAAUUCAUUCCAAAAAGGAAUAAAUUAAUCAAAAAUCAUUUUUGAGCAAGCAAGAGAAGAAAGCCCCCAAAGAUCUUUAAGAAUAAACCACUCAGUAAGAUCAGAAGACUUAGACAACCUAUCUCUACGAUCUUUUGACAAUAGAAUAAGCGUUAAAGUUUAAAAUUAUCUAGAGGAAUAUGAAGUAUCCCCUCAGAGAGGAAACAUUCACAUCCCUUUAAGCAAUGACUAUAGGCAGAAGCCUUCCAAAAAUAGAUCUGAAUUUAUUUGA